AUGGCCGACAAACUCAGGAUAACCAAGGUCGAAGAUGUUCAAGUGUUGAGCAGGGGAGAGAUCUCUGUUGUGACUCUGCAUUUGACGCCGCACCACCUCGUCCUGGUUCAGACCCUCGGCCCACCUUCAGCGCGUCAAGCUCCCUCCCCCAACCACCGUCCGACUCCGGUCAGGACUCGAGAAUCAUGGAUAGCGUAUCCUAUGAUAGCCUUCUGUACCUUCCGCCCAACUCCCCCGGGCUCCGCUCUCUCUUCUUCAAUCCGUCUGCGGUGCCGCGAUUUCAAGUUCUUGACGUUGAACUUCGGGGAUGACCGGCAAGCUAGAGAUGUUUUUGAGAGCAUCAAGGGCGCAACUUGCAGACUGGGCAGUAUAGAGAAGCUUUAUGCUUUCAGCUACAAACCUCAACCGCCCGAGAAGCGAAUAUCUGGGUGGGAGAUAUACGAUGCCAAGGCGGAGUGGAAACGGCAGGGCAUCAGUGACAAGGGCGUGGAUAGAGGUUGGCGAAUAUCAAAGAUCAAUAUAGAUUACAGCUUCUCGCCCACGUAUCCCGCACUGCUCGCAGUCCCUUCAACAAUAUCCGACAACACUCUCAACUACGCUGGCAGGUACCGCUCGAGGGUACGGAUUCCGGUCCUAACUUACCUCCAUCCGGUGAACAACUGCUCGAUAACCAGAAGCUCACAACCUUUGGCUGGUCUUCGCGGUAAUCGGAGCAUUCAAGACGAAAAACUAGUCAGCGCAUGUUUUUCCGCCUGCGCAACAGUCGAUGAUGGUGAUACAGCUACCUCCUCGACAUCCAGAAGCAGCCCGGCUUCGAGCCAGGCUGAUCUUGGGCCGUCCAGUGCAGAUGGAGAGCUCUCUGAGGCAGAGCGCUUAGAGGAUGAGAUGAUAUCUUCCUCGACCCUAGAGGUAGUUUCAGAAAAGCCACACGUGUAUGGUGCACAACAGCACAACCUAAUCGUCGAUGCCCGUCCAACCGUGAAUGCAUUAGCCAUGCAAGCUGUUGGUCUUGGGUCGGAAAAUAUGGAUCACUACAAAUUCGCUACCAAGGCAUAUCUUGGAAUCGACAACAUACACGUGAUGCGAGAGUCCUUGGCAAAGGUAAUAGAAGCUAUCAAGGACUCCGACGUCUCGAACUUACCACCGAACCGAGAGUUACUAGCCAAGAGUGGCUGGCUCAAACACAUUGCCGGGUUACUCGACGGAGCAGCCCUGAUCGCCCGGCAGGUUGGCAUUCAGCACUCUAAUGUUCUAAUACACUGCUCUGAUGGAUGGGAUCGAACGAGUCAACUGAGUGCCUUGGCGCAGCUUUUGCUGGAUCCUUAUUACCGAACUAUCGAAGGCUUCAUUGUAUUAGUUGAGAAAGAUUGGCUUGCUUUUGGACACAUGUUCCAACACCGGUCGGGGUUCCUGAACAGCGAGAAAUGGUUCUCAGUUCAGAAUGAUGCGCUUGCUGGUUCUGCCAUACAGCCAGGUGGGAACGGAGAUGGGCGAGGCGAUGCCAUUGAGAAUGCUCUGCUAAGCGCCAAACGAUUCUUCAACAAGAGCAAUCACAGCCAGGAUAAUAUAGCAGAUCCCGACGGAGAACUGCUACCGUUCGAUGACUCGCCCAAGGGCAAGAAAACAUCUAUCUCAAAGGAUAGUUCUGCAGAUAGCGAGGCCACAAAGCCAAAAGAAACCAGUCCCGUGUUUCACCAAUUCUUAGAUGCUACAUAUCAGCUUCUUCGCCAGUUUCCAACACGGUUUGAGUUCAACGAACGCUUCCUGCGAAGAUUACUCUAUCACCUUUAUUCGUGUCAAUACGGCACGUUUCUGUAUAACAACGAAAAGUCUCGUAAGGAUGCUCGUGUUCAGGAGCGGACAGUUAGCGUAUGGGCAUAUUUCCUAUCCAACAAGGAAGGCUUUACCAAUAAUGAUUACGACGGCGGUGUGAUUGAUGACCAUGUCAAGGGCAAGGAGCGUCUUAUCUUCCCGAAUCUUGAUAAGGUUAGAUGGUGGCAUGAAGUUUUCAAUAGAACUGAUGAAGAAAUGAAUGGCCCCACGAAUACCGUUACGGAACGGUACUUGGGUAACCACACUCCCAGGUCGGGAAGCCCUCAUAGCGUUCUCACAGGAGUCGAGACAUCUGGGACAGCUACGACUACUCGACAAGUGUCGAAUGGUAAUACGGGCGGUUUUGCAAGUCUCCGGGAAGGAAUGGCUGGCUUAGGCUUUGGAGGGAAGGGGAUACAAGGGAACAAGCGGUCGAGAGAUACCAAGAAGGAAAUGGAAGUCGAAAUGCAAUAA